AUGGUGAACCUCAAGACCAUGGUUAUUACCGCCCUGCUUGCGCUCUCCGUCCACGGGCUUGAUCUCAAUCCUAUCGGCAAAAUCCCCAAUGAAGAAAGUAAGAGUUGCGGAGAGUGUGCUGAUAAUGGAGUACAUUGUACUGGAAAGUCUGCGUGCUGGAAAGUCUACGGUCAAUAUACCUGCCAAGGGAGCGGCGAUUGUGUCUAG